GACAUUUGAAUUCGUAAAGAAAUGCGUUUCCACGUUAAGGGUAACCAACAGUCUUUUCGAGGAGUUGGAAAGAAAUACGUCUAAGAAAGUUUUCGUUUAAAAGUUAGACAUUGCAGCAAUAAGUAAACUAUCGAAUUUUGUUGCAGUGCCACGUGAAACGAUAGGCCACAGUACUAAAGUGAUUAAUAUCGGGAAAAUGACUUUAACCGUGCUUCAGAAAGACGAACAACGAGGAUCCAAUAUAUUUGAGAUUUCUUACUACAAAACGCUUAAGAACUACAUGAUAUUUUUGGGGCAGUCUCCAACCCAAACAAAUAAAAGUAAUAAAAUUGCUGUAACUUUUGUGGUGGGCUCUACCCUUAGCCUGAUUUUACCUUCGUUAUUCUACUUGAACCUAGCAUUAAACAACAAGGAUUGGGAUGGAAGUAUCGAAUGUCUACCACAUUUAGUAACACUUGCUAACGCUAUUGUUAAGUUAUCAAGCCUACAAAUGAACAGAGAAAAUUUCAAAAGCAUAUAUGUCUCCGUCAAAGAAGAGUGGGAACUGUUACAGCUCCAUGAUGAAGGCCAUUUUCUAGAUGUACUCACCCAGAAAGGAAGUAAAAUUGCUCAAUUGUAUAGAAUUGUUUUAUUAUCGUGUUUGCUAAUAUUUGUAUCGCUUCCGUUGAUUCAUCCUGUAAUGGAUAUCAUAAUACCGCUGAAUGAGACUCGACGUCGAGAGCAAGUAUUAAACCUUAAUUAUUUCGUAAACGGUGACGAGUAUUUUUAUACCAUAUAUAUCCAUACGGCGUUCAGUGCAACUAUAGCUAUAUUAACUAUAGUCGCCGCAGAUUCUGUAUACAUGGUCAUUGUUCAUCAUGCUUCUGGAUUAUUCGCCGUAUGUAGAUAUAAGGUUCAGAAAGCAACAGAAAAUAAUCCUAUAUCAAAAAAUGAACGUGCUGCAGAAAGCAAAGGAUAUCAAGACUUUAGGCAGUGUGUCAUAGCUCACAAUAAAGCCAUCAGGUUUUUCAAAUUCCUGGACAGCCUGAACCGAAAUAAUUAUUUGAUUCAAUUAGGAUUUAACAUGGUCGGCAUUAGUAUCACAGCUUACCAAGUCAUUGUGCACUUAGACGAACUCGACCAAGCCAUCAGACACUGUAUGUUCUUCACUGCUAUGAACUUUCAUUUAUUCGUCCUCAGUCUACCUGGUCAAGUACUCGUGGAUCACAGUUUAGAGUUAGCCACCAACAUAUACAUGUCCAAAUGGUACCAAACACCAGUAAGAAUGCAAAGGGUACUUUACAUAAUGCAAAUGAGAUGCAGUAAAGCGUGUUCAUUAACUGCGGGAGGAUUGUACGACAUGAAUAUAGAGAAUUUUGGAAUGAUUUUUAAAACGUGCAUGUCGUAUUUCACGAUGUUGCUGUCAAUGAAAGAGUAAUUCGUCAUUAUUAUUGAAGUGAACAUUUUCUUGUUGGUGGAGAGUAGUAUACUGGUCAAUUGACAUACAACAAAAUAAACUGCUUGUACUCUAAAUAAUGGUCGAGUUGAAAAGUUAUAGGAUUAUAUUACAUAUGUGUAGUAAAGUUUCAUUGAACAUUUCAAUAAACUUGUUGAACUAUAUGGCUUUUAACUGUUAUUAUUUAAAUGAACCUCUCAUAUAAAUACUAAAGAUUAUUCCUUGCGGUACAAGGACAAUUCAUGAAAUUAUUAAAUUCUUGCACCUGAUAAUCUAGCACAAGGAUGUUUGAACCUUUUAGGCCAAUACAAUGUACUUCUGAAUUACAGUUAAAAUGUUCAGUUACAUUAUGUAUGUAAAUUAUUGUGUUUCUUAAUUGAUCGUUAAAUAAGAACAUCUGAUUAUUGUUUUGCAUAAUUUGCUUUACAUUGUAAGUUUUACAAUGUAAUCGAGAUAAACUAUGGCGAACCGGAUUGGUGAUGCUCAUGGGCCAGUGUUGGCCUGUGGGUCGUAGUUUGAAGACCCCUAA